AUGGGGACCCAUUUUGUGGCGGUCCUUCCUGCCAUGGUGGGAACUGCAAUGGUUGUCCAGUGUAUGGCUGUUGGAUUUGUGGGUACGGACCAGUUGGUUGCACAGAUGGGUACUGGUAAGGAUAUGGUUGUUGUGAUUGUGAAAUUGGUCGUGUCUGUACUUGAGUUGGUUGUGGGUACAGACCAGUUUGUUGCACAGAUGGGUAUUGGUAAGGAAAUGGUUGUUGUGAUAGUGAAAUUGGUCGUGUCUGUACUUGAGUUGGUUGCGCUGACGGCCUGCACUGAUGGUACGUUUGGCAACAACUGUGAGCAGACGUGUGGUUACUGCAAUGUGGGUGUUUGCUCCCCGGUCAAUGGCCAGUGUCAGGACUCGUGCAAGCCUGGAUACAGUGGGCCUCUCUGCAAAGAGCAGGCUUCAACAUCUCAAGCGCCGGAAUCAAAACCAACGGUCUCAUCGACAACGGAAUCUUCGACAUUUGUGUACAUCAGCAUUGGGCUCGGUGUUGGUUUGGUUGUUGUCAUCACUGUAGCAGUUAUUGUCAUCAUGAAACUGAAACGCCGAAGAAGAAAUACUCCCACACCAACCACCUUUACUAGUCAAUUAAAUGAUGCGAGAGAGUAUCAACCACUGGCAGACCGUGGUCUGGUGGGAAGAGAAUAUGAUCGCAUAGCAGACCGUGAUGUGCAUUCAACUGAGUAUGAUGACGUGGAGAUUGUUGCUGAAACGAGCCUUCAAUCUAACGUUCCACAAUACAGGGCGCCACAAGCAGCAUAUACGAUGGUUACCUAAAACCAAUGACUGCAAAGCUGUUAAGGGACAUAUCAAUACCACUGAAAACAAAGGACUAGCCGUAACGUUAAACGAGUGUCACUUGCAACAUAACACCAGUGUCGACAGAGCGUUCAAUGGGUAUACAAGCCUCGCUUAACAAACAAAAGUUUUGUCCCUUUGCACAAAACAUAAAGGACAUCAAAUAUUUCUAUCCACAUGUAUGCAACCUUUUAAAGUGGGGAGGAAUAGUUUAUAUUGUAAAAGAUUAACAAAUCAAAUUAUACUUGCUAUCGUAUUUACAAAUUAUUUAUCACAAUAGCAAUACCAAAUUAAAAUUUAGCUGUAGAAAACAAGCUUAGAUAAUUUGUUUUCUCUCAAACCGGUAUAUGUUUAUUGAUGUUUGCGACUAAUUUCGUGUGUGUUUUUCCUAAAGGUCUUUACAGGAUAUUCAAACAGUUAAUUAUUACUUUGUCGCUUCCUUUCGUGAUGUGAGUUAUAUUAUGUUUAUUCUUGAUGUACAAUAACGCUGUACAAUGUGCAUAUAUAUUGAUGUAUUUUUUACUUGAUCACACUGCCAUGCGGAAAAAUACUCACAACUUUAACGACACGUUCAACUUAUAGCCGUCACAUAUUGAAUUGAUGAUUUUUUUCUAUUGAAAGAAUGUGAUUUUAGCGUACUAGUUUGCUGAAUAAUGUAAACAGUUUUGAAACCGUUUUUUUUAUUGCAUUACUGAAAUCAAACGUUUACAGACUGUUGGCUAAAUAUUCUUAGUCCGAUAUGUGCUAGAUGUUGGACAAAACACACAAUAAUAUGGCGAAACAAAUGAAUGUGACCCUUGUUAAUACAUUUUAAAAUAACAUACCGUAUCAAGUAUACUUAUAUCAAUGAAACUUCCAUUGUUACAUAACAUGGAUCAUCGUUGCUUGUUAUUUCCACUGAUAAUAUUUUUGUUUACAAAUAUGGAGUUCCAGAGUUCCGUUACAAUUUUAAGUAAUUUUGCCAACAAAUAUUUUGCUGUUUAUAUAUGCUUGAAUUACCUUUUUUGCCGUUUCUUCAAUUAUUUUAGCCUGUAAGUAUGGUUUUAUUUCAUAUUGAUUGAUGGCAGUUAGUAUAGCGAAAUCAAAUAUACUAUGCUUAUAUGAGUUAUGAGUAUUCCUGUAUGUAUCUUAAUAGUAACAUAAGCAUUAUUCUUAACGUGUCAAAUUUAAGAUUGUAGAUUGUGUUAUUUAACAUACCACCGCAUUGAUAUCUGCCUGAUAUAACGUUGCCUGAUGUAAUCUUUUACAUUAUGGUCAACAGGAAGUUCUUAUAUAAGUCAUGUUUAGAAUAUGGUCAUAUUAUCGGAAUAAACUAUAAAGUAAUCAUUUUUAGUAAAAUCGAAUCAGAUUCAACAAAACAAACAAUUUGAUACCAAGAUGUUAUAUAUUUUAAACACAAAAUGCAACACAAACAGCAAAAAACAAACAUUUUUUUACAAAUAUUAAGCGCGCGUGCUCAUGACAUAAUUAUUAUGCGUCAAACUACAAUAGUAAUAUUCUUUUCCGCUAAAACUGCAGCUUUUUGAGCAAUUUUUUCAUUAUUUCUUUAAAAUCGGGGACGUAGAGGUAUGGUAAAAAGAAAUUACAAAAAUAUCAGGCAGUAACCUGUUAUUCUCUAUAUAUUAUGCAAAAUAAAAAUGUGAAUGUGGUUGUUGCAAUUCGUCAAAUAGGUGUAUGAUCAAUGGUAUACCAACGAGAAUGCAUGCGUGUGUACAUACUUGGCUGAAUCCAUAAUCAUGUUUAGUCGUGUUUUUAAUGUUACAAAAUAUUACUACCUACGGCUGAUAGAGAAGUUCGCUUAUGCAUGCUAUUAAAAGACAUAGAUUGCUUUAAGAAUAGUGUAAUAGCGCUUUAUCUUUUUGACAUACAUGAUAUUGUUACACUUGAAGAAUGCGUUGCGCUAUAUUAGAAGUAUAAAUAUUAUAUGCGCGUAUUUCCCGAAGAAAAUGAACCUGAUAUCAUGUUUCUGUACCUCGAUUUUAUUUAUUCCAGAAAUUAAUAAACUAUAAAUCAUAAAUAUGUUAUAUAUUUUUUGAAGAAUGGACUGUAUAGUGUAUGCAAAUUACACGCACAUAUUUAUCUGUUACUUUUUCCUGAACAAAAAAUGAAUAUUAAGCGCAUAUAUCUCGGAGCUAGUUUUUUCUAAGAUCUCUGAACAUGUUUCGAUGUUAUUUAUCAUUGAGAUAAAUAACUGGUACAAUGCAUUAUACUGUGUUUGUUAUACAUCAUUUAGGCAUACAUUGACUGUUUAUUGAGGGAAUCGAUUUCGAUAUUAUUGGUAAAUGAGAUAAAUAAUCAAAAUCGAGCGCAUGCACUUGGAUAUUAUAUAUGAAUUUAAUGAAUGUAUAUUUAGCUUAAAUAUUUAGAUGUUUACCUGAUAAAAAUCUAUGUGCAAUUGAUGCGUCAAAAUCCCUGAGAUGAAUAAGCUAUUGAAUACAUGUAUUUUUAUUUUGUUUAGUUUUUGUUUUUUUACAGAAAAAACAAUUUAUUGUGAACAUGUAUUUUUUUUAACAUAAUUGUAUAUCUUUCACACGUAUAUUGUUUGUUCUGAGAUAAAUGGAAUGCAUAUUGUGUACCUUUAUUUUUAAUUC